AUGUCCUGUCUGCGCUCUCCACGAGCCAGGCGCUAUCUCGUGCAUUAUCGUGCCAGGACCAUGUUUUCGAUAGCUCAGCCAGCCGUGAAUCAGCUAUAUAACUCGGACAUUGGUAACGAGAAACGGACUGGGCGAUUCUAGUGACCACUUUAGUCUUCAGCACUCUUAAGUGAUCCCUAGAAUUGCUCUGAAACGCCCAGAGCACGUCCGGUUUUCGUUACAGAGGUCGAAAAUCCUUGACCUUACUUUUCCUAUAACCUCGAGCAGAAAGCCGUUUCUCGGUCGGUUGCAACUAUUUCUACAGUCAUUCCGGGACCGGGGGCGUGACAAGUUGUACUGUAUGAUAAGAAGGAUUAAAAAUUGACAUUUCAAACUCUUAUCAGUGUCAGAAAACACGCUAAACCAUAUUACUGUCAGGAAAUCUGUGACCUUUAAAGUUGGAAAUGUCGCUGGCUGAUAAAGGAAACCGCAGAAGAUAGCUAUCAAUGACGAAUAUCACGUUAUCAAAUAUUUUUCAAAAAAACCGUUGAGAUCAAAAGAAUCUUAGGGACUUGGAGACAACAAAAACUAGAUAAAUCAGUAAAUAAUUUGAAUCAGAGCCUUUCUUUGUAAAUGUAAAAUUAAAUUAAACCUUCAAGAUAUUUUUUUAAGCUUUGAAAAUUGAGGUUCCCUUAAAAAUUUUAUUUUUGGCUUGAAACAGUAAUAUGCUAGUAAAAGAUCACCAGAAUCUUUUUGAGCCGAUUUUUCCGAUGGCUAGAAAUUUAUCAGUUAACUUGAAGAAGCCUUCUAUCAACGUCGACCUUUUUCCGAUUUUUAUCAGUUAGAUAUGUUGAAAGCUGUCCUCAUAGCUCGCCGUUCUAUUAUUUCAUUUUAGUUUUGAUAUUUCAAUUUUUACAAUUUAUAUAUAAUGAAGAAGUAGAAGCUUUUCAGUUUCUCUUUGAAAAAUUAGCAUAUUUUUGACUGAAAAUUUGAGUGUAGUUUUUAUAUCAUUUUCUCGAAAAUUCAUAGUUGCACUAAAAAUAGCUCUUGCUAACUUUGCACCUUGUGAACUCUAGAUCUAACGCUUUCCAGAGCUUCCAAGCGCAAGCCGUUUCUUGGUCUGUUACAACUCGUUUUACAGUUAUUUCACGUAAACACCAAAGCCUUCUGAAUCAAAAAAAUCGGGAAAGGACUCAUUUUUCGAGAGCCAUUCAUUUCCCUCAAUGAAAUUUAAAGCUUCUCAAUUUUCUUGAAAUUCGCAGAACUCUCGCAUUUUUUUUUACCGACUUGAAUUCAAAUUUGCUCAAAAAAGGUGGAAAAUUUUGGGAGAAUUGUUUGUUCCGCACUGAAACGCCGUUGAGUUUUAUCAAUAGGAAAUGGUGAUAAGCAAUUAUUUUGCGUUGAAAAAGGAGCGGAAAACGGGCUGCCGGUGAUGUUUUAUUCCAUUUCGAUUUGUGUUCUUUUUCUCAUCGCUGGGAUCGACGCCGAUUGUCCGGACGGCUCUAUUCAAUCUUCUGAUGGGAAAUUGUGAGUUUUUCUUCUCAUGACUUCUAUACUUAAAUUUUCACUUGUUAUCCUUUGGACUGGAUCAUUCGAAAAUCAUCUUUUUAUUCAAAAAUUGAUUUACUAUCGCGACUUAUCUCCUAUCUUGUGACUUUGAGAAUAACACUUGAGGUCAUCUAUUUUUCCAAUGUUUUUCUCGGAUCAUGUUCUGGGAUCCCUAGCGGUGGAAGGCUCGAAAAGUUCAAUUUCAACUAAAAACUUCAAUGUUAUAACAUUUUCGAAAUCAUGAAAUCAUCCUAAUGAUUGAUUCUAUCAAUCUUCAACAGUGAAAUAAAAAUAUUUUUAUAUUGUAAGGCAUACUAUUGCAAAAACUCAUUCAGCACUGAUUUUCUCUGAUCCCAAAUCGGCGUCCAAACUCACUUUUCCAGAUGCUGCAAAGGUGCUAAUCCAACCAAACGUAAGCCAUCACGGCGACGCCAGUCAAAGUGUGCCGAUUGAUCUACGGAGGCCUGCCAGCCGUUCAGAAUGCUCUACGACAACGCUUUCAUCAAUGGGAUUGCGAUAGGGUACAGCUUUUGAAAAAUUAAAUUUUCUGUAUUUUAAGAGCAUGAAGUGAUUCCCUUUACUCAAAAUGGCCUUUCCAUGAUACGUAUUUAAAUUCCUUUAUGAAAACAAUCAGCCAGUGGCCUCUAAUUCACCAUAAAAACAUUGAAAAAACCAUUCAACUUUCAGAAACUAAUCAGUCCUUCACCUGGCUACCAUACUACUAUUUCAAUGGAGCUUAUCUUGGGCCGGACGGAAAACCGCCGACUUUUACCAAUUGGGCACCCGGUUCGUUCCAUUCAUUAUUUUUGAAGAGAAAAAUCCGAAAAAAAAGGCAAAGUCGGAAGGGACGGAAAAAGGCCCCUAGAAAUUUUCAUUUUAGGGUGUGAAAGAUUCUUUUUUUUUUGCUGCCUUUUUGCGCCCUUUCAUCGGCUAUUAUGGACCAUUUUUGCUGCAUCUCCCUUUUUUCCACCAUUUCUCGAGCUCAGAGAAAAUGGAAGGUUUGAUAAAGGGACCCUUUUUGCUACCUUUGUUGCCAGCCAAUCAGAGACGUAUUCUCGCUAGAAGGCUUUUUUUUUUGACAGAACGAGCUCCACAGUGUUCCCAAACGAGCGGCAGCUGUGGUCAGUAGGCGUGGCUGACUGCAACAGCGGCACGGUUUAUUGCAAUAGGGGCGCGGGGAUGAGAGUCAAGUUUUGUGGAUUUAGUGGUUGGAAAAAGACCAUUAAAUAAUGUUUUUCCUAGGUUCUCGCAAGUUUUCAAACAUUUUUAAUGUGUAUAUAAUUAUAACGAACAAGUUUAAAUGAAGAAAGAGACGAAAAAGUUUUUGCAAAACAAAAAUAUCUCCCAAAAUGUCGUUUUUAGGAAAACUCGUCAGAUCAGAACUUCAAAGGGAAAAUUGAGAAAAAAGCUCAAAGCACUUCUCUUAAGAAAUACCAUUUGAACGUUUUAAAACAAAAACAAAUACAUAAUAGCUUGUACGAAUAAAGUUGUCACCCAAAAUGACAUUUUUCAAGAAUAAAUUCGUCGAAUACUGCCUCGAUUUUUAGAAAAACUCGCGUUUUCGCCCCAUUGCGACGACCUCGCUUGCCGCCGUCUCUUUUGGAACACUGUGAGCUCAUUUAUUGGUUACUAUUGUAGUAACAUUCCACGUGAAUCAAUUAUUUUUGAUCCAACGAAAAUGUUAACAGGAGAGCCAACACUGGGCGAAGGCUUCGCGGCAGCCUUGCACUCAUCCGACGGCAAAUGGCGUACUUUUUUGUACAGUAACCAGAACAACGUCAUCUGCGCCUUUCCCAAUUCUCAAUGCAGCGAUACAGCGACGACAACUACAAAGCCCGUGAUCCGUACCACUUCGAAUCCCGUCAUUCAACCAACUCCGAACCCCAACUACUGUCUUCAGCUCUAUCAAUGUAAACUGUUUGAUUCAUCAUCAUCAUCAAUAUUUAAUGGUUUUUUUAGUCAGAUGGAAUCGACUAAGCGGUGAAAAGAUUGCUCUUUUGAGCGGCACUAACACCGCCUUUCACGAACUAGAAGUUCAAAAAAAGUGUAGUUGAUCGAAUUGAAAGCAUGGUCAUACGAUCCUUCGCUUCGUUCUUCCACAAGUAUUAAGAAGAAAAAUUAUUAUACAUCACCAGGAUGCUUUCUAAACCUCCAUCAGCGAACUCAAAUUAUUUCUGGUACUGUACACGUUUUCCCAUAAGUACCUCUAGCAGCAAAAAAAUAGAGCCCUUCAACAGAAAAAAACCCAGCAUAGCCCUUCAACAAAAAAAUUAUAAUUCUUAGAAAAAGUCCGUGAAACUGCCUAAAGCUUUUUCCUAAGCCUUUUCUCAAUUUUUUUCAAGUAACAGGAUCUCUUUUUGUGUAUUAGGGCAUCUCUUUCUAGAUACUUUUUCGGUUUACUCUCUCAAAAUAUUUUUAAUUGCCUCAAAAAAGUAACUCCUAAACAGAAAGACAAAAGAUGAUCUUUAAUGAAGCUUUUUGGUCCUUUGUGAAGUUUGGCCGUAGAAAAAAAUAAUUCUGAAAUAUUCCAAAAAUUUAUCUAUCUUUCUGUCAAGAUCCAUCAGUUGAAAAUCUACAGGGUACAAAGAAAUAAAAAAAAACUUACCAUAAAACUUUCAAAAAUAAACAAAGGUAAAAUAAAUAUUGAGCACUUUUGUAUAUUUUAUAUUUCAGACGAUUCGAACCCUUGCCUGGACACUUCCUGGUUCUUCUACCCAAGAACUUGCUCUUGUUACAAGGUAAAAGCUUGAAUUGUUUUUUUUUCGACGAGAAGUCCUCAUGGAUAUGAAAGGAGUUCUAGUGCGCCUCAGAAACAAAUAUUAUUAUUUUUCUUUUCAAAUAAAUGCCUUACAAAUCUAAAAAGUUUGUUAUUAAAACUUCUGAAAAAAACAAAAUAAAACUUGAGAAAAAAUCAAUUUUCUUCCAAUAAAUUCUAGAAAAACUUUCAAAGCCCUAUUGCAUUUUUCAGUUGUUAUAUUUCUCACUGGAAUUAAUUUUUCAUGAAAAACUUUGAAUUAAUUCAAUAGCCGAUUCACGGCUUAAUUCGGAUACUAAGUAGGCGUGGCCUGUCUGCGCUCUACGCCAACCAGGCACUAUCUCUUCUUUUAUCGUGUCAGGACCAUUUUUUGAUGGCUCAAGCCAGCCGUGAAUAAGCUACUUAUGAUAUUUCUUACAAUUUAAUCCAACCUUGAAAAUUCCCAGGUCCUCAGCCAGACACACUUUUCCCUUGCCCAAUCAGUUUGCUCCAACUUCCGCUUUAACAGUAACUUGGCUUCUAUUCAUAGCGACGAGGAGGCCGUCUUCGUCACUGGUAAUGACUUUUAUGGAAUAGAGACUUUGGAAAAUUUUCAGAUUUCGCCAUGUCAACAAACAACAACGACAACUGGCAGGUAUGAAAAUUCGAAAAAAAGAAAAUAAAAUGUACCUUUCUUAUAGUUUUUCUGUGUACAGUGUGUAAAGUAGGGAAUUUUUUCGAGUUUCUUUUGGGGGAAAAACCCAACUUAUUCACCAUUUAUUCAAGCUUUUCUAGUAUUUCUAGUAUAAAACAUCUGUGAAAUCGAUUUCUAAUGUUAUUCAAUGAAAUUCUGGGUUCGCUCUAUCACUGCCGUUUUUAAAAUCUGUCCUAUUUUUUUUUAAAUUUACAAAACAAUUCAUGGCAUAUCUUUAAAGAGCAACUGAGGGGCAGCAGGAAAUAAUAAACAGUGAGAUCACUGAACCUUCCAAUGACAUUUAGGUAUCCUCCAUUUCCUUGAAGAUCAUGAAUUUCCAAAUUAAUGGCUGAAACUACGAAUCGCCACUUUUGUUCAUUUUUAAGACCCAUCACGAUGGACAAGACGACACGAUCAUUGGAUUGUACCGUGCUGACAUAUACUCUCAGUGGUACUAUACAGACACGACGCCUUACCAAGGGUUCCCGUGGGUCGCGCCCCAUUCGGCCACCUUGGAUUAUUAUGGAACGGUUCGUUAUUCAAUACAAUCUGAGUUAUACCGAAAAUGAAUGAAAAGACUGUGCUUUUUUAAAACUUGCUUACCAUACUCUGGAACGCUGAGGUACUGAUGAGAAAAAAACAAACAAAAAAAUUGCUCGAAAUUCGGGAUCGAAAAAUCGAAAAAUUUCCCCAGAAAAAAACUAAACUAAAUUGAAAAAAAUAAUUUUUUUCGAAUCUUCUUUCAAGUGGUUUCAAAGGCUUGAAAUGCUAAACUUUGGAUCUUUUUUUCGUAAAUGAGACUUUGGAAAACAAGUUUUUCGUAAGUCAGCAAAGGAAUUUUCCGAACAAUUAAUCCUUAUUUCGCAAAUUAUCCAUAAAAAAAUUGAAACUUAUUCGUUUCAAGAUGCUCUUUUUAUUCAGUCUUGGGCAAAAGUCGGAAUGGUGGAGAAUGGCUGCUAAAAGGUCCCUUUAUCGAGGCCCUCCAUUUUCUGGGACUAAAAGCUCGAGAAAGGGUGGAAAAAAAGGCAGCAAAAAAAUGGUGCAUAAGGGCCAAAAAAUUUUUUUGUACCUUUUUCCGACUUUGCCCACGUUUCUCUUCCUUUUCUCUUCCUCCUUACCAAUAAUUUAAUUAACUUCUUAAUUUCAGCUGAUAACCACCAGAGCGCCUGGAUAUCGAGGCUUCGGCGCCUUUUUCAACACUGGGAAUAACAUUUGCCGCAACGCCGUUUGCAAAUAUUCGCUAGUUUGA